UUGAAAUGGCUGCCCUGAGCAGAAUUUUUGGGAAACUGAUUUCCAACAAAUUUCGGGUGAUAUCACCCACAAGAUCAACAUUAUUUAGAUCGUACUGUACAUCAGAUGAGGUUUCUUGUGAUCUGCUUGUAGUUGGGGGAGGAUCUGGAGGUCUUGCUUGUGCAAAGGAAGCUGCCACUUUUCCUGGUACAAAAGUUGCUGUCUUGGACUAUGUUGAUCCAUCACCCCAAGGAAGUCGCUGGGGGCUUGGUGGUACUUGUGUAAAUGUUGGAUGUAUUCCAAAGAAACUGAUGCACCAAGCAGCCUUAUUGAGAGAAUCCAUACGAGAUGCCAAGAAGUUUGGUUGGGAUGUUCCUGAUAAAGUAACUUUUUCAUGGGAGACAAUGAGUGCUGCUGUCCAAAGCCAUGUGAAGAGUCUGAACUGGGGUCAUAAAACGCAACUACAGAGCAAAGAUGUAACAUAUCACAAUGCCAAAGGUGUUUUCCUUGAUAACUCGACAAUCAAAGCGACAGAUCGGAAGGGAAGGACGAAAAUUAUCAAACCAAAGAAUAUUGUUAUAGCGGUUGGUGAGAGACCGAAAUAUCCAGAGUUCCCUGGUGCUAUAGAGCAUUGUAUCACAAGUGAUGACCUAUUCUGGCUGAAGAAACCACCCGGAAAGACAUUAGUUAUUGGUGCAAGUUAUGUAUCGUUGGAAUGUGCAGGGUUUUUAACAGGGAUGGGUUAUGACACUACUGUUAUGAUAAGGUCGAUACCACUGCGUGGAUUUGAUCAGCAAAUGGCCAAGAUGGCAGUUGAUCAUAUGUCAAGUCAUGGAACGAAGAUCUUGAAGAUGUGCAGACCGGUUUCAGUUGAGAAGGAAUCUGAUGGGAGGUUCAAGGCGACAUGGGAAGACAGCAAUCAAAACAAGUCCAGUGAUCGCUUUGACACAGUUAUGUUAGCUGUCGGACGUGAAGCUUCUAUAGAGGGCCUUGGUCUGGACAAGACCGAUAUACAGUAUGAUCCAAAAACUAAAAAAAUUGUUGGCGGUCAUGAUGGCGACAGUGAACAAACAUCGGUGUCAAAAGUUUAUGCAAUAGGAGAUGUCCUGCAGGAUAAACCAGAACUUACACCUGUAGCCGUUAAAGUUGGGAAACUCCUGGCAAAGAGAAUUUUCGACAACUCAAAAAUUCAGAUGGACUAUGGAAAGAUUGCUACGACUGUCUUUACCCCCUUGGAAUAUGGUUGUGUUGGAAUUUCAGAGGAUGUUGCUCAGACAAGAUACGGAGAUCAAAUAGAGGUCUUUCAUUCAUAUUACAAACCACUCGAGUUCUCAGUGCCAGAACGGGAUGCAGAGAAUUGCUACAUUAAGAUUGUUUGCCUAAAGGACCUGCCUAUGAAGAUUCUUGGUGUUCACAUUCUGGGACCAAACGCUGGAGAAAUUGUACAAGGAUUUGCAGUGGCUAUGAAAUGUGGUGCUAAUAUGGACGAUAUUCAAAACACCGUCGGCAUUCAUCCGACUAUAGCGGAAGAGAUUGUGAAAUUACAUAUCACGAAAAGAUCCGGAGAUGAUCCUCAUGUUACUGGUUGCUGAGGUUAAUAUCCCCUGUCAUUAAGGCAGGGUUUGAAUCAUCUCUCCUGGGUGUUUAGCUAGUUUCAAUGAACUGGAUUAGAAAAUGAAUUAUUUACUAUGAACUUGCAUAUACUGGAGUCGACUGGACCAUUGUCUCUUGUCUACAAAAUUUCGUUAUGUGCAUCACCAGCAGACUUGAAAUUUGGCUGUCCGACUUUGCUGACCAGUCCGUAUAUACAGGUAUCUGGUUUAUGCAAGGCUGAUGGGCACAAGUUCUUCUGUUCAUGAAGUAUGGCAUGGUUGGCUGGAGCUUGCCUGAAAUUGUCUUCACUCAGUUCAUUGAAACUUGCCACUUGUCUCGUAUGAUGACAGAUGUGUCAAGUCUUAACUGGACCCACACCUGUCUGAUGUUUUGAUGAGGAGUUACAGCCUUGGAGAGAUGGUAGGAGUGGACGACUGGCUGUAACAAAUGCUAAAAUUAAAAUAUUGAAUUUAGAGCUGACCGACAACUAGAAAAUUAAGGGCGCUGUAAACAUUAUUUGGUAAUUUGCAUCCAAUUGCAGGUUGCCUUCUUAAUUCUAGGACUCUCUUUUAAUUGGUUGAUCCCUGUGUUCUAAUUGGGGUGCAUGCACAGAUAUCAGGGAGCUCGGAAUUAAAUAUAAAAUUGAGUGUUCUAUGCAUAUGAUUAACAACUUCACUUGUGUUUUCCUGUUGCAGUUUAAGUAGUAUAAAAUUUGUAUUCAUGUAGUCCACUGAAGGCUGGGGCAGUGAUAAGCCCCAGAAAAUACACUGGCAUUUCUUAAAUUAUUAAUAACUCUUUAGUUAUGUUCAUUUAUUUGUCUUUACUGUAUCCUUUCAAGAGGAGUGGUGUAUCUACAGGUGGAACCUCCCUCAGCCGACACCUCUCUAAAAGACACCCUCUCUCUAUUAAAGACACUAGUUUUGGUUAAACAGUGGUCAAUUAGACCUCUCGCUCUCUGAUUAAGACACCUCUCCAUAAAGGACAGCACUUGUAAGUCCCAAGAAUGUCCUUUAUAGAGAGGUCUUCCUAUUCUUUAGGUGAUGUGUCUUGGCUGAAUCUUAGAUUAAAAUAUAAUACAAUAAGUCAAAGACAUGUCAUCAAUUUGACGCCAAUGAUAGGACCCCGUCCAUCACAUCCUGGUUCGGGACAUUA